AUGGAUUCAAGUGAUCCAUUGAAUCCAUUUAGUCAGCCUCGUCCUAGUUUCGUCGGCUUUCUUAACAGCCAGACCUUUCCUUAUGAAAGUUAUGGUUCUCCUCAUCAGUUUGGAGCAUCAGACAUCCCAGCUUUUAGUUCACAACCACCACAGGCUCCAGUUGCACCCGAAAACCCACCAGUUGCCUCUAGGGAGCGAAAGAACUGGACUCCAGCCGAUGAUGAGGUGUUAAUAAGUGGGUGGCUAAACACAUCCAAGGAUGCUGUAGUUGGAGUUGAUCAAAAAUCAGGGACUUUUUGGAAACGAGUUGGUGAGUUCUAUGCGUCAAGUCCCCAUGCUAAAGCGAGUGGUGAAUCACGAGAGCAUCUCCAUUGUAAACAGAGGUGGCACAAAAUCAAUGACUACACGAACAAAUUCUGUUCUGCAUACGUGGCAGCUGAGAGACAGAUGAGUUCUGGUCAGAAUGACAAUGAUCUUCUCAAGCUCGCCAAAGACAUCUACUUCGCCGUUCAGAAGACAAAAUUCACGCUUGACCAUGCCUGGUGUGUGUUGAGGUAUGAGCAGAAAUGGCUCAGCCUUAACACUCCUAAGCCUAGUGGGAAUUCAAAGCGAAAAGAGACAUGCUCCCAAGCUUCAAGCUGCCCCGUAGGUGAUCCUGAGGUCCGUCCUGAAGGUAUCAAGGCGGCGAAAGCUAAAAGAAAGAAUAGCGCGCCAGUGAGGUCUAUGGAGGAGUGUCAGACCAUUUGGGAGAUGAAGAAGGAUGAUCUCUUGAUGAAGGAGAGACUAACAAAGCUUGCGAUUCUUGACACACUUCUAGCCAAGAAUCAACCACUUACUGAGGCUGAAGAAGUUGUCAAGAAUAAGCUAUUGGUGCUGUAUUUCUAA